GGAUUUUCAUUUUGGAACGAGAAAAAUGGAGACCAAUGGCAAGGAUACAUUUCCCACUUGUUUCUCGCUGGGAGAUGGAAUGAAGCCUAUAACCACAUUUGAGCUUCGUAUGAUGAAAUUAAGCCAGGAAAUUCGGGAGAAAGAGAAUUGGAUAGAAAAGAUGAAUAAUCAGAAUAUUUUGGAACAGUGGAAAUCAGAAGCUUCAGCACAGGGCCUCACGGAAGAUCAAAUUAGAUAUGUUUUUGAAGAGCUUAGAUACUAUGCUAGUCAAUGCUCGGGUGUAAUUACAGUAGGUGCAGUGAGUAGAACUUGGCAGGCUGAUGGCCUAAUUGAGCCAGACGUGAAGGAAGCUUUUAAAAAGGCAGUAUAUGAACUUGAAAAUGUGGACGAAAGCGAAAAGGAUUACCAUCCAUGGAGUAACAAACAAGUAGUGGAUCUUGUACAUCCGUCUUUGUUCUGCUAUGUCGAAGGUGUUACAAAAAUUGAUAUAUUAGAUGAGAGGAUCGAACACCUUGAAAAGAAAAAAUCAUCCGAUGGUACUCCAAGUAAAACUUCAAGUGAAGAUUCCAAAGAAGUCGCAGAUAAGUACCAAUGGUUGCCAGCCGAGUUUUCCGUAAAUACGGAAGGAAAAGUUUCUAUAGACUCGUAUAUAAACAAUUUAAAUCCAAAAAAACACGAAACCUUAUAUUCUCUAAUUGCACAGAUAUUUGAAAAGUUUAUUCCUCUGUUCAAUCGUACCCUGACUGACUUACUAAAUUUCGAAGACAACGUGAUAAUUCAAAUCGAUGUGGAUUGGUACAAAGACGACGAGAGACGAUGUCCUUACUCAGACGACGAACCAGAAUAUGAAGCCUGGCAUGAAAAUCGAAAAAUACAAUGGCCAAAGGUACCAAACUUUAAACCUCUGGAAAGGACCAAUGGUACCGUAGACUUAAAAGAAAAAACAUUGCAAGUUAUCGUAAAACUUGCAAAUAUUGAAUUAACACCUGAAAAUCCUAAAUAUCCGGGAGGAACUUGGCACGUAGAAGGUACAGAAAAUGAAGCUAUUGUUGCUACAGGAAUAUACUAUUUCUCUUCUUCGAAUAUAACAGAAUCUAGAUUAUUAUUUCGACAAGCUAUAGAUACUCCAGGCUAUAAUCAAGAUGACGAUUAUGGAGUGAAAGCAGUUUACGGGCUUAAGGAUCUAGAUUUUCUCAAUCAAGAAAUUGGUUCCAUACUCUGUAUCGAAGAUCGUUGCAUCGUUUUUCCGAAUCUUUAUCAGCACAAAGUAGCUCCAUUUGAAUUGACAGAUAGAACUAGAAACGGCCAUAGAAAAAUUCUAGUGUUCUUCCUCGUGAAUCCAUCGAAAAGGAUACUUUCGACAAAGCACGUUUUUCCUCAGCAACAAAGUUGGUUUGAUGACGAAAAAGGUGAAGGCUCUUUAAAUUUCACGAUGACUCUAGAAGAUGCAAGGAUGUACAGAGAAAAAUUAAUGCAUUCGAGAAAGUAUGUUUUGUACGACGCCUUGGAAGGGACUAAUUUUUUUGAACGCGAAUUUUCCCUGUGUGAACAUUAAUUGCACAAAAUUGAAACUAAUUUCUGUUUAAUGAAUAAUAAUAUAUUUUAAUCCA